CACAUCGCACUUUUUUUCUGCCGCCCUCCUCGCGAUUGGGAGCCACCCCUUAAGUCCCAACUUCCUAACACGAAUCCGUGACCGUGACCGUCUCUUGGAACCGGUAACCAUGACAUCCACGAAGCGGCUGCUCUUCGGAGCUUCUUUGAUCCUCGCUACCGUCCUCCCCGCUCCAUGUCUCGCCCAUUCCGAGGAAGACUUUGACAAUAUGGGCCCCAUGGACUUCAUGUGGCCUCCUGAUCGCCAAUGGGUCGACGAUGAGAUGGGCAUGACCGGGCCCUGCGGUACCAACCAAGGUCCCACCGACAGGACUGAAUUUCCCCUGACCAACGGUGCGCUGUCUCUGGAACAGAAGCAGAAUGUCUACGACGUGCAAGUCUCCAUCUCCUUCGACAGAGACCCCACUGAGAACAACAACUUUGACGUUCUCAUUCCCCAGGAACGCAUGCGUUUCAUGGACUGGUCUCACGUCUGCAUCGGCCUCCCUUCCAUUUCCCUCCCUGCCGGUGCCGGUGCAGGUGACGACUCGACCAAUGCAACCAUCCGUCUCCGGUACACCGCCGAGUACGUCGACCCGGACCACCACCACCGCCGUGGUGACAUGGUGAAGCGCCACAUGGCUGCCAACGAGACCUUCUACUCCUGCGCCGACGUCACCCUCGUCCCCGCCGAGGCCUUUACGUUCGACAUUCCGUGUUUCAACUUUACCGGCGACUUUGAAUCGCAUAGUCAUGAUGACGAUCACGACGACGACCACGAUGACGAUAUCAACGACGACGACGACGACGACGAGGAUGACAGCUCAUCGGGACUAUCCAGGGGGGCCAUCGCUGGUAUUGUUAUCGGAUCUGUCGCUGGGGCUGGCGUAUUGGCUACCGUGGCUUGGUACUUCUGGAGGAGGGACCGCCGCGAGAAGCAGAUUGCUGAGCGCAUGAUCUAUGAACAUAACAAAAUCGUGGGCUCGGAUUGAUGAAUGGAACUACUUGAUUCUUGAGGGAUCAGAUUCAAGGACCAGCCGUUGAAGGGGGCGGGCAGGGGACGGACAUAAUUAUCAACGUUGUAACGCCUGCAACGACUAUUUAAUGGGCACCCGCUCGCAGGAACUGGGCUACGAAAUCCGCACAAAUACUCAGAGACUCAGCGCCAAUCUAGAAACGAGCUGAGUGCCGUAGACGCUUUACGGCUUGCUCCCUUCGGGCCAAUUUAGACAAGGCAGGGAAACUGGAGCCUAGGUUAAACCAAAGCACCGACAUUGCCAAGCCGCAAGACGAGCAAGAAUAUAUAUUUGUAUACGUUGGAUCUCAAUAUAACAUCAAAUGCUUUCAGUUCCCUUGCCAACGACAGCGAGGGCGCUGGCUCAG